UUUCCCUCCGAUGUCGAUAACUUGCUGAGUUAUUGGAAACCUGACUGUAUUUGGAAAUGUGGGGAGAAAGAGAGCGAGGGAGAGGGCGAGGAUUCUGGUCAUGUUGAGCGUGGACCGCACGUUUUGAUCUGUUAUCACAGCCGGGGCAGAGAGGUGGACAGCACAGUGACGAAGUUCAGAGCGGUGUGUUGUCUAAAAGAACCAACAGGUAGCGGCUCCUGCACAGAGAGAGAGGGAGAGAGAGAGAGAGAAAGAACUCGCUGACACACCAUGCAAUCACAGAUCCAGAAGAAGAGUUUGGUAGAUACAUGCAAACUCAAGAACAGCUGGAUAAAAGAAGGGCUCGCCGAAUUUUUGGGAACAUUUAUUCUGAUUCUGUUUGGUUGUGGGUCUAUCGCCCAGUCAGUGCUGAGCAGAGGAGUAAGUGGCAACAUGUUGACUUCUUCUAUUGGCUUUCCAUUUGGCGUUACCAUUGCUGUUUAUGCUACAAUAGGAGUGUCAGGGGGACACCUGAACCCUGCUAUUUCACUGUCAAUGUGUGUGCUGGGGCGGCUUCAGUGGCUGAAACUUCCUGUCUACUGCUUCGCUCAGUUCGUCGGAGCUUUUAUUGGUUCAGCGGCAGUUUUUGGUCUUUAUUAUGAUGCCUUCAUGACUUUUGAUGGUGGGAACUUGACAAUAACUGGUCAAAAUGCAACAGCGCAGAUUUUCUCCUCUUAUCCAGCUCCACAUCUGUCCUUUGUAAAUGGAUUUGCAGACCAGAUUGUGGGCACAGCCGCACUGCUUUUCUCCAUUUUGGCCAUCUUGGACUCCAAGAACAAUCGUGUUCCCAAAGGUCUCGAGCCAGUAGUGAUUGGUCUGAUCAUUAUGGUUAUCAGUCUUUCAAUGGGCUUCAACUGCGGUGGUCCCAUAAAUCCAGCUCGUGACCUGGGACCACGUCUCUUCACUGCUGUAGCCGGAUGGGGAAUUGAGGUUUUCAGAGCUGGUGACGGCUGGUGGUGGGUUCCCGUCAUUGCACCCUUGAUCGGGGGCAUCCUGGGCGCUUCCAUAUAUAUUCUGUUCAUUGAACUUCACCACAAAGAAAAGGUCCUAGAGGAGGUCCGCUGUACUAAAGAGCAGCAAGCCGAGGGAAAGUCAAAAUAUGAAAUGAUUUCUGUACACUGUAACAAAUAAUGCAAGGUAUUGAGGGAAGAGCCAAAUACCAGAGUUGAAUUCUGGGCCUGUGAAGAGAAUAUAAAUUAAUUUCAAAGGUUUUUUUUCUAUUAUUCUCCUGACAAAUCAGUUGCGUGAUGAUGGUUAUAAUUCUACUUUUAGCAAUUAUGCAAAGUAUACGCAAAUAAUGUCAUGUUCUGCAGUUGUAAGACUGUUUAACAUCAAUAUAGAGAAUUGAGAUCAAUGCAAUAUCCAAUUUCAUUUACAAGUGAGUAACUCAUGUGUAACAAAGUUCUGAAUAAUAUUUGGAGCACCCUUGAAAUAUAAGGACUAUAUAAGUUAUUGGCACCAUAGAUCUUAACAAGCUUAAUCAGCUGCUUCCCAAGUUCAUGCUGUACAUUAUAUGACCUUGUCCUAUGUACCCUGCUUAUGUCACACAUCUACAUUUUUUUAUAUAUUUCAGUAUACAGCUUGCACUUAGUCUGAUGUCACAGUGAUGAUUAACAUUGUUCUGGAAGUCACACACCACACAAAAAUGUGGCAUGCCAAUGACCUUACUGAUGAGAGUGUCAUGCAAGGGUACUUAAGGAGAUACCACACAUUAGAAAGAUGAAUUUACAUUUAUCUUAUGUAUUAAUAGGGUCUUUUAAUGGAUUUUGCAAAUUUAACUUAAAGUUUGACAUUUUUAUCUCCACAAGCCAAUGCCAAAAUAUUUCUAGGUCUUGCUCCACAGAAUAAGUAAAAUGCAUUUGAGUAAAUUUUAUAUCAAAAAAUAAACUUAAGAUUAUUGCA